AUGAGUCAAUCACUGUCUGUACCUCCAUUUUUCGACGGAAGUAAUUAUGCGUAUUGGAAAGUUAGAAUGCGUGCAUUCCUCAAAUCAUUAGAUGAGCAUGUGUGGAUUAGUGUUCAAAAUGGUUGGAAACCUCCCUCUAGUAUCGUAUCAGGAAACAUUCAUCUUACUGACAUAUCAUUGUGGACUAAAGAUGAGUUAGCUGCAUGUAACUGGAAUAGAAAGUUAAUUCAUGCAUUAUUCAUGGCACUAUCACCAGAAGAGUUUAGGCGAGUCUCUAUGUGCGAAACUGCUAAAGAGAACUCAAAAUUGCAAAUGCUAGCCUCUAGGUUUGAAGAAGUGAGGAUGAAAGAUGAUGAAACUUUUGAUGAGUUUUACGCUAAGCUAAAUGACAUAGUUAACUCGAGUUUCAACCUAGGUGAGAGAAUUCCCGAGACCAAGAUAGUGAGAAAGGUACUUAGAUCCCUACCUGAGAGAUUUAGGCCUAAAGUCACUGCUAUUGAGGAAAGUAAGGACCUAGAUGAAGUUAAGAUCGAAGAAUUGGUAGGAUCCUUGCAAACCUAUGAACUUACUCUCUCACAACACAAGAAAGGAAAAUCCAUAGCCCUAAAAUCCAAUAAAGAAGGUGAAUUGUCUGACACUGAGUCACUUAGGGAUGAGGAAAUCGCAUAUUUUGUCAAGAAAUUCCAAAAUGUCCUCAACAAUAGGAGAAAGCCUCAGGAUAGAAAGAAUGGAGCCCCUAGCAGAUUCACAAAAGAUAAAAUUGAGAAAGAUAACAAUAAGGGGUCUAGUGAGAAGCCACGUUUGGUUAGAUGCCAUGAGUGUCAAGGAAUAGGUCACUAUAGGAAUGAAUGUCCGAGCUAUAAGAAAAAUCAAAGAAAAGGGAAAGGCAAGGCCUUAGUUGUCUCACUUACUGAUAAUGAAUCUGAGACCAGUGAUAGGCAGGAAUCCUCCAGUAGUGAUGAUGAAGGAAAUUAUAUGGCAUUUGUGGCUACUGUUAAGAGUGAGUCUGAUAAGGAAAGUGAUAAGGUUGAGGAAGAGCAAUCAAAUGAUAAUUCUGUUAAUGAGAAUGAGGAUGAGGAUGACAUAGACCUACAAGAAGCAUAUCAACAACUGUUUAAAGAAAUUCUUAAAAUAAAGAAGGUCAAUAAAUCCCUACUUAAAAAGCUUGACGAACUUGAACGGGAAAAAGAGAAACUGGGUGGUAAGCUUCAGGAGUCACUUAAGAGCGGUAGUGAGUUGAAGUGUGUCAAUGAGAAAUUGGAAGACAAGGUUAAGAGGUUGACUAGUGAAUUGGAAAAAUCUAAUGCCCAUCUUCAGACAUUCAUUAGUGGAAACAAGAAAUUAGAUAACCUAUUGGGAAUGAAUAAGCCAGUGGGAGACAAGAGAGGUCUAGGAUAUGUUGAGGGUAAUACAACUAUUGCUGGACCAUCUAAGACUGUCUUCGUGGCUGCCUCUAAGCCUAAUACGAUCUAUGUCGAUGACAUCAUUUUUGGGUCUCCUCUAGAGUCUUUAGCGAUUGAGUUUGCUGAAUGUCAGCAGAGAGAGUUUGAGAUGAGUAUGGUUGGGGAGUUGAGCUACUUUUUAGGACUUCAGGUACGUCAGACAGAGGAUGGACUGUUUAUCUCACAGUCUAAGUAUGCUAGGGAUUUGGUUAAGAGAUUUGGGUUAGAUAGUAAGAAACAUACUAGGACACCGAUGAGUACUAGCUUGAAGUUAGGUCGUGAUCCUUCUGGUAAGAGUGUAGAUCCUUCCCUAUAUCGUAGCAUGAUAGGUAGUCUUCUCUAUCUUACAGCUACUAGGCCCGACAUUGCUUUUAGUGUAGGAGUGUGUGCUCGUUUUCAGGCAGAUCCAAAAGAGUCACACCUAAGUUCUGUUAGACGAAUCAUUCGAUAUGUGAAUGGUACUGUAGAUCUAGGGAUUUUUUAUUCUAGGAGUUCCAAUCUUGACUUGGCUGGAUACUCCGACGCCGAUUGGGCCGGAAAUGCAGAUGAUAAGAAAAGUACGACCGGGGGUUGUUUUUACAUGGGUAGCAAUGUCGUAGCUUGGCUAAGUAAGAAACAAAACUCAAUAUCCUUAUCCACGACAGAGGCCGAAUACAUAGCUGCAGGGAGUUGCUGUACUCAACUUCUUUGGAUGAAACAAAUGCUUAGUGAUUAUGGGAUUAGUCAAGGGACUAUGACUAUCUUUUGUGAUAAUACAAGUGCGAUUAACAUUUCUAAGAAUCCCAUUCAGCACUCUCGUACAAAACACAUCGAUAUACGACAUCAUUUCAUUCGAGAGCUGGUUGAAUCACAAGUUGCUUCCCUCGACCAUGUGUCUACUGAGAAUCAAUUGGCUGACCUACUUACAAAACCGCUAGAUGGGUUGAGAUUCGAAUCGCUUCGGUCGGCUGUAGGUGUUAGUUCACCUAUUUGA